CGUUGGCGUCCAAUGUCCAACUGCUACUGAAUGAAAGUACGACAAGCAAAGUGAUAAGCGGUGGGACCACGACGAACAAGUUUAACAUUGGAGAACUGCACCGGGAGGGGGACCAACCCGGGAAGAUAAAUAGUACAAGUAGGAGCAAUUACAACAAUCCUAGUAAAAAUGCUCGUGAAGAUACAGCUCACCGUCCGGAGGUCCCGGUAGGAGCGGAAGGCGGGGAGGUGAAGAGCGAUGCCGGUGUCUUAAAUGGAAGCAAGUCCUCGCUCGUGGCCAGCGCAACCGCGAUCGAUCUCGAAAUUGACGACGAAGAGGAGGAGGGGGAGCUGCCGGUC